AUGCGUAUCCUCCCGAACCGCCUGCUGUCUUCAUCACCAGCUUCAGGCGCAAACUCGAAGAACGAGAGUCCAAUGCGAGCAAAGAACGAUGCGACGGGCUCUGCGGGGGCCCCUGUGAAUGGGCUGGCGCUCAGGGUGGCCAUUCUGCGGGCAAGGAAUCUGGCGGCCAAGGAUCGCAGUGGAACUUCGGAUCCGUACCUCGUCGUAACGCUCGGCGACGCUCGCGUCGUCACCCAUUCCGUUCCCAAGACGCUCAACCCCGAGUGGAACGUCAUCGAGGAGCUGCCCAUAAGCUCCGUACAAAGCCUAGUGGUGGGCGUCAUAUGCUGGGACAAGGAUCGCUUCGGCAAGGAUUAUCUGGGCGAGUUCGACCUGGCGCUCGAGGAGAUCUUCCAGACCGAAACCGCCGAGCAGGAGCCGCGCUGGUAUCCCCUGAAGAGCAAGCGCCCCGGCAAGAAGACGAGCAUCGUUUCUGGCGAGGUGCAGCUCCAGUUCACGCUGCUCGACACAACAAACCCCUCCAUUUCCAACCAGCAGCUAUUUGAGAAAUUCUACAAUCUCAUCGGUUCGGUUUCCGUCUCCUCCCGCAACAGCCUGAAGAAGAAGAGGCGACAGGAUCCCUACGCUUUUACCAAUGGCGACUCGGACGUUGUCGGCAUCAUCUACCUCGAGGUCAGCAGGAUCACAGAUCUUCCGCCCGAGUCCAACCUGACGCGGACUGGCUUCGACAUGGAUCCCUUCGUCGUGGCAUCCCUGGGCAAGAAAACGUACCGCACCAGGCGGGUCCGACACAACCUCAACCCGGUGUUCAAUGAGAAGAUGAUCUUCCCGGUGCAGAACCACGAGCAGCAGUACUCAUUUGCCUUUACCGUCAUCGACCACGACAAGUACUCUGGCAACGACUUCAUCGCUUCCUGCAACCUGCCCGUCCAGACGCUCAUAGAAAAGGCGCCCAAGGCGGAUCCGGAAACGGGGCUGUACGAGGUCCGCACUCCCGAGCCAGAGCCUGUGCCGGCACCCGCUGUCCCCAAGACUCGUCUCCAGAAGCUGGGCGUGUCCCGCUCCUCGUCUACGCAGAGUCUGAGCAAGUUGAUGCGGUCGCAGACGGCCCCUGUCAAGUCUCCUCCGUCAAACGGCUCUUCCACGCUCACGGUGCAGGGCGAUGGAAGCGCAAUCCAGCCCGGCACCACGCCGUUGGCACCUCUGGAUGCUCUCGCUCCCGGCAUUGACGCGUCAGAACCGGUCUCGGAGAUGGACGACCCCGACCUGGCAGAGUACGCUCUGCCGCUGAAGAUGAAGAACCUGGACAAGUGGGAGAGCAAGCACAACCCCGUCAUCUAUCUCAGAGCCAAGUACGUGCCGUAUCCGGCUCUGCGUCAGCAGUUUUGGCGGGCGCUGUUGAAGCAGUACGAUACCGACGACAGCGGUCUCAUCAGCAGGCUCGAGCUGAGCACCAUGCUCGAUACCCUUGGCUCCACGCUGAAGGAUUCGACAAUCGACAGCUUCUUCCAGCGGUUCCCGCACAAGGCCGCCGACAAUGAGGACUCGUGGGAGCUCACCUUUGACGAAGCCGUCAUGUGCCUUGAAGAUCAGCUGCAGGCCAAGAGCCGAUCCGGCAGCAAGACGCCUGGCCUUGAUGUCAAGAGCCUCAGUCUCUCGGGCAAGUCAUCUGGGGACUCUGUCGGACAGCCGGGCUCCGAGGGCUCGGGCAACUCGACGCCCCAGAUCACGGUCGAUCCGCCACCGGGGGCGACGAUUGGUCCCGAGGUCACCACGCCCAACGAGGACGGAGAGGAAGGGUACUUUGACAGGGAGGAUACAAAGGAAGAACACGUGGUGGAGAUUCGGGAGUGCCCCAUCUGCCACCAGCCUCGCCUGAACAAGCGCAGCGACGGCGACAUCAUCACGCAUAUUGCGACAUGCGCCAGCCAGGACUGGCGCCAGGUCAACACGGUCCUCGUGGGCGGCUUCGUGACGGCGAGCCAGGCGCAAAGGAAAUGGUACUCCAAGGUCAUUACCAAGAUUUCCUACGGCGGAUACAAGCUUGGCGCCAACUCGGCCAACAUCCUCGUCCAGGACCGUCUCACGGGGCAGAUCAACGAGGAGAAGAUGAGCGUCUACGUGCGGCUGGGCAUCCGGCUGCUCUACAAGGGACUCAAGUCGAGGGACAUGGAGAAUAAGCGAAUCCGGAGAAUGCUGAAGAACCUCAGCAUCAAGCAGGGCAAGAAGUUUGACGACCCUGCCUCGCGAGACGAGAUUGAAAAGUUCAUCGAUUUCCAUCGGCUGGACAUGUCCGAAGUCCUGCUGCCGAUUGAAGAGUUUAAGAACUUCAACGAGUUCUUCUACCGUGCGCUCAAGCCCGGGGCCCGGCCGUGCUCGGCGCCGGACGACCCUCGCAUUAUUGUGUCGCCGGCAGAUUGUCGAUGCGUCGUCUUUAACCAGAUCUCGCAGGCGACCAAGAUUUGGGUCAAGGGUCGCGAUUUCAACAUCAAGAGACUCCUCGGGGAUGCCUACCCUGAUGACGCCCCGCGGUACGAGAACGGCGCCCUGGGCAUCUUCCGACUGGCCCCUCAGGACUACCACCGAUUCCACAUCCCCGUCGACGGUGUUCUAGGCAAGCCCAUUACUAUCGAGGGCGAGUACUACACGGUCAACCCAAUGGCGAUUCGCUCAGCGCUGGACGUGUACGGCGAGAACGUGCGAGUGCUCGUGCCCAUUGACAGCGAAUGCCACGGACGGGUCAUGGUCAUUUGCGUGGGCGCCAUGAUGGUGGGCAGCACGGUGAUUACGCGCAAGGAGGGCGAGCGCGUGCGUCGGGCCGAGGAGCUGGGCUACUUUGCCUUUGGCGGCAGCACGGUGCUGCUGCUGUUUGAGCCUGGCAAGAUGCGCUUUGACGACGACCUGGUGGACAAUUCCAACGGAGCUCUCGAGACUUUGAUUCGUGUUGGCAUGUCGAUUGGACACUCACCGAACACGAGCCAGUGGACUCCAGACAUGCGCAAGAAUGAGCAGGACAUUACGGAAGCCGACAAGCAGGAGGCGAAGCGACGAAUCCAGGGCAGCGCAGCGCUGGAGGAGGAAUCGCCCGGCGACAGCGGUGAUGAGGACCGGGGCAAGAAGCGGUCAUCGCUUCCGCCCACGGUCAACACGCUGGCUGCCUCGUCAUUGUAGAGGAGGGAGGGACGGCUAUGGCUGGUUCAAAGCAUGAAGCCAAUUGUACACUGGAAUUGCGAGCCUUGCUGUGGUUGGAUACACUGUGCAUUGAGACGAUGGUUAUGAGAUGGCAUGUUUAGCAGAUUCACGUUUCGCUUUGAAAGCAUUUCUUGAGAUGAAUACAAGACUUAUUAUUCGAUGU